CCGACACCAACCCCACCAGUGACGUCGCUGCCUAAAAAUGGUCCGCUAGUGCCAUUACACGUCAAUCACCAACACCAAAGGACUUGCUUCUCCCAUUCUCUCAACCAAAACCACUGCGUCGUCCCGCAUAUCUCGAAUACAUCGUCAGCUGCUAUGCCUGAACAAACCAGCGGUACCUACAACGGUUCCUGCCAUUGUGGCGCCGUCACCUACUCUCUGAAACUCACCUUCCCUCCCAUCCACAACCCCGCGGCAAUAAACUCCAUCCGCAUCUACAAAUGUAAUUGCAGCACUUGCCAAAAAAUGGGUUUCUUCCACUGCCGUCCCAUCAACAUCUCCGACGACUUCAUCCUCAAAUCUCCAGCUACCAUUGAGGAGCUCGGCGACUACCGCACGUUCUCCAAAAAGCAGAGUUGGUACUUCUGCAAAGACUGCGGGGUCAGGGUGUUUGGGCAUGGAGGGAAAUGGGAGCAGACUGAGGUCGAUGUAGGGGAGUGGUCAGGGAAGGAGAAAGAUGGGAAGACGGAGAAGGUCUGGUUCAGCAAGCCGGAUGGCAUGAGGACGAGAGUUGUGGAUGGGGUGGAGAAGCAGGUGCCUUUUCAUUACCUGAGCGUCAAUGCUGUUACCCUUGAUACGGCUUGUGAAGGGGGUGUGGAUCUGAGGGAGUGGCAUGAGAAGGGUUAUGUGGCUUAUGUGGAGAACAGAGAGAAAAUGGGGAGCGGAAAUGCGCGGUUGGAGAAGCCGUAUCCUGGGGGAAUGUUCUGA